UUCUUCCUGGUUUCCCAAUUGCGACUUCGCCUCUCUCUCUCUCCCCGUUACGAGACAAAAACAGCGUCAAAUUCUCUUGUGGGAAGAGCCAAUCGCUACCGUUAACAAUCGUUAUACACACGCACUACUCACAUACAGAAACAUUUAUCUGUCUUAUACAACAGCUCCGUAAACCCCUUGAGCUCUCCUCUCUCUCUCUCAAGCUCUCUCUCUCUACGACUUAGUUUUGCAACUGAAAAAGUGCGAUUGUCGCCGUCGUUAUCAUCGGUUAAGAUGGUUUUGAUGAUAUAUUGUAGUGAAGCUGAAGUCCCGGCCUCAGGCGCUAGUUUCGUAGUGCACCGAAGAAGCUGUUCUUCUUCAGUAAAUGGGCUGCUUUCAUUCCACAGCAAAAAAGCAAUUUCCUGGACACGAGGACCCAGUUGUUCUUGCUUCACAGACAGCUUUCAGCGUUAGUGAAGUUGAAGCCCUGUUUGAACUAUUCAAGAGUAUUAGCAGUUCCUUGGUUGAUGACGGACUAAUAAACAAGGAAGAGUUUCAAUUGGCUCUAUUCAAGAACAAAAAGAAGGAGAACAUCUUUGCAAAUCGGAUCUUUGAUUUGUUUGAUGUUAAAAGAAAGGGAGCCAUUGAUUUUGGUGACUUUGUUAGAUCACUCAAUGUCUUCCACCCAAAUGCCCCAGAAGAAGACAAGAUUGAUUUUACAUUUAAGCUUUACGAUAUGGAUGGAACUGGGUUUAUUGAGCGACAAGAGGUCAAGCAAAUGUUAAUUGCACUUUUAUGCGAGUCUGAAAUGAAGUUGGCUGACGAGACCAUUGAGAUUAUAUUGGAUAAGACAUUUUCAGAAGCAGAUGUAAAUCAAGAUGAAAAGAUAGACAAAUCCGAAUGGCUUAAUUUUGUGACACAAAACCCUUCAUUGCUGAAAAUCAUGACUCUUCCAUAUCUGAGGGAUAUAACUACAACUUUUCCAAGUUUUGUGUUCAAUUCUGAAGUUGAUGAGAUUGCCACAUAAUCAGUGAUUUCAUGCACUUAGUCUGAAAUGGGAUUUUUUUUUCUUCCUUUCAAUUUUUUUUUUUCCUUCCUUCCUUCCUUCCUUUAGAAAGAAACACAUUUGCAUAAGAGAUAAAGAGAAUAGGUUUGAUGAUGCGAAGGCAAAAGCUGUCUAUAUUGAUUGAAAUUUAGCAGCUUCCCACUAGUUUUAGUGUUUUCUGUCAUUUGCUAGCUGUUUUUUUGCCUGUGAAUAGUGAUAGAUAUAAUGUGAGACUGAUCUUUGCUAUGAGCUCAGUGUAGUGCUUGCUGUCUUACAAUUUGCAACUAAUUCAAUGUGAAUGUAUAGAAAAUACCCCAAGUGGAGCUAGAUUCCACAUUUCAUAUUUCA